AUGGAUCACGCCCUGACGUCCCUUGGCCUGUCCACUACGACCCCUUCACGGCCUUCGACCCCCCAGAGCCGAAAGAGGGAUGUGGUAAAUGAGGAGCACUUGGACGAGACUUUGGCCGUCUUGCGCACCCUGCGCUUCAAGAGCUUCGACCACGCGAAGCCCUGGCUGGACCAAGACGGCCACCUGAUUUGGUCGCGGGUCAGGGUGCGGAUCGCCGAGACGAUCUACACCCAGUGCUUUGAGACCACCAUGGGUGUGAUCAUCAUGUUCCACUUCGGGCUCAUCCUGGUCGAAGCGAACCAGGAUGCCCGGUGCUGUCCUCCGCACUACUCGGGGCCGUUUGAUCACUGCCCCUACCGAAGCAGUACUUUCCUGUGGAGUCAGGUACUCGAUUGCGUAUUGCUUGUCAUCUACACCGCCGAGUGCCUGAUUCGUCUCUAUGUCGAGCGUGGCCGCUUCCUGUGGAAAGUGUGGAAUGUGGUGGACAUCGCCACACUGGCUGCUGGCUGGCCCAGCUACCUCCUCGGGUCAAGGCUGAACCCGAACGUCCUGCGGCUCUUCCGCUGCAUACGGACCAUUCGGGCCGCACGCAUCUUUAUCUCCGUGCCGGAGCUCUAUCUGCUAGUCACGGGGCUGUCCUCCUCGAUCAAGGCCAUCCUUUUUGGCUCGCUUCUCCUGAUCGCCUCUUUGGUGUUUUGGGCCGUCAUCGCGGUGGAAGUGCUCCACCCAAUCACCUCAAGGAUCCCUGCUUCCAUCUGCGAGCGGUGUCCAGAGGGGUUUGCGGGAAUCUUCGCCGCGACUGUGACCCUCUUCCAGCAGGUCGUUGCCGGCGACGCUUGGGGGCAGAUCUCCCUGCCACUGCUUGCGGUUGAGCCCUGGGCAGGUGUAGUCCUCUUCUUGAUCGCGGUGACAGUUUCGCUGGGAAUACUGAAUCUCAUUUUGGCAGUAAUCGUCGAGAGAGCUGCGCAAUCGCGGGACAAGGACCAAGAGCGGAAAAUCAAGCAGAAGGAGGAGGAGCGAUCCAAGAACAUGUUCGACUUGGCGGUUCUGUGCGCCAGCAUGGACCAAGACAGCAGUGGCGCCCUUUCACUCGAGGAGAUGCUUCAAGGAUACGAUCGGAACGAAGACUUCCAGAAGCGGAUGCAGGUGAUGGACGUGAAGAGGGAGGACAUGCAGACCAUCUUCCGGGUGCUUGAUAGCGACGACUCGGGCGAGGUGUCCUACCUUGAGUUCUGCCAGCAUCUCGGCAGCUUCUCCGCGCGGGAUCCGGUCGUCAUGCACUCCCUGGUGAAGUUCUCGAUCAUGGAGCUGCGGAAGUGGAUGGUGCAGGAGAUGAUGGGACUUCUCCACGAGCCUGGGCUCGCACCCUGA